AUGGUGCUGGUAUAUGAUGAUGCUGUUGAUGAUGAUGAUGUUAGAAUUCUGAUGGGUAUGUUUGGUCAUCCUAUUUACAUUCAGGAUGGGGAUUAUCCAGCUGUGGUUCGACAGCAAGUGGAUGCCAACAGCAAGGCUGUGGGAUGGCCCCGAUCAAGGCUACCAACCUUCACACAAGAAGAGAUCAAGUACAUUAGGGGUACGGCAGACUUCUUUGGGAUGAAUAACUACAACGCGACUUUCGUGACGCCAGACCUCAGAGGCCACAACCCUUCCAAAAAGUGGGACACCGUCGUAAUUACAUCGGCUCCUGAGUCUCAUGCUUGGGGACUUCGGAAACAACUUAACUGGGUUGCCACUCAAUAUCCAGGAUAUCCGAUCAUUAUAACAGAGAACGGUCACUUGAAUCUCGGAGGACGCAACGACACUGACCGCAUCGAGUACUAUACUGAAUACCUCGGAGCCGUCUUAGAGGCGAUAUACACUGAUGGUGUUUCUGUUAUCGGCUAUACGGCGUGGAGUCUCAUGGACACCCUGGAAUGGAACAGGGCUUUCAUGGUUACGUUCGGGCUGUACGAAGUGGAUACUAGCAGUCCAAACAGGACAAGGACACCCAAGGAAUCGGUUGGAUUCAUGGCAGAAGUCUUCCGCACCAAGCAGCUGCCCAACCAGUACAAACAGUAG